GCUCGAAGUAGCUGACAUGUUGCCUUCAAAUGAAAAAGCAAAUUACAGAGUGUGGUGGAGCUAACUGUAAGAAAGGCAGGGCACAACUGACGAUCAUCAUGCACCUGAUAUCAGCCUGGUGGAUCACCACUUGAACUGAGAGGGACAAAGAAAGAGGAGGAAAAAGGAAGAGGUAAAUAGAGGAGGAGUGGGAUAAGGAGCAGGUGAGGAGGGUGGAGUUAAGAAAACACUAAAGGUGGAAGGUAGACAAACAGAGAACAGCGCACUGAUCCCCUGAGCCUGACACAUCGCCUGAGAAAAACAAGACAAUGAAGAGCUGAGCAGCACAGCUGAACCCAGACUCCACAUUCACCCGGGAGGAUGAAUGAAAAGUGCGUUACUGUGUGAAGGAGGAAAACAUGAGCCUGGAAUAAGAGGAUCUAACAUUUUCUUUGGGAUAUAAGAGACAACAAAAAGAGCUCAGGAUGUCUUCAUUAUCAGACGCAGACUUCCACUGCAAACAUGGAGAUACAAUCUGUGAGAUCCGUGUCUAUGAGCAGGAGGUGAUCAUAGUGCCCGUCUUGCUGCUGGCCAGCUUCCUGGUCACACUGGUCUUCAUUUUACUGCUGCGCUUUUGUCCAGAGAAAGUCGAUCGGAUCCGUCCGCAGGCCUCAAACUCAGCCUCCAGGAGAGUGCUGCAUGGAAUUGAUGCUCCACCAGGUAUCAAUGUCCUGGAGCAUGAAAGCAUCGCUCUGGACAUGCCCAGCUCCUACUCCACCUUCCACCCCCCAAACACCUACUCAUCCAAAAACCUUUCCAUGUCUGUGAGCACACCCUACCUUCCGCCCAACACCCCACCGCAGCCCUUCAAGCCUAGUUUCACUCCCAUUGUCCAGCCCAGGGAGUUGCCCCGUCAGAGGUUGCCGGAAUCCUUCAACCUGGUCACCCCUCUCCCCACUGCCUUCUCCCUGCGCUCCGACUCCACUGUGUCCCUCUACAGGGCCCGUAUGGAAAACAGGAAUGUGAUUCUGCGGGUGCUAAAUGACUCCGCUGAUGCCACAGAAAGACACAAUUUCCUGGGUUUUGCAUCCUUCCUGGCCCAGCUCGGACCCCAUCCAUUCCUGCCAGAGCUUCUCGGUGUGGUCUCCCUGCGAGCUCCUCUGGUGACAGUCGUGGAGGAGCUGGAGAACAGAGACCUGCUCAGCUUCCUGUGGAGAUGCAGACAGGAACAAGUGGACCCUCCCUGUGAGAUGACAGAGAGACGAAUAUUUACCAUGGCCAAACAGGUGGCCUCAGCCCUGGAGUUCCUUCACAGCAAAGACCUUCUCCAUGGAAACAUUCGCGCCCGCAACGUCCUGGUCAGCAAGGAGUUCACGGCCAAACUUUGGGGUCUGCAUGGAGUGUACACAAGGAAGAACCAGGGAGCCACUCAGAGAGAUGAUCCCAGCAUGAAGAAAUGGCAGGCACCAGAGGUGUUAGCCAGGAAGUCUCCCAGUCAGAGCAGUGACAUCUGGUCAUUUGGCAUCUUACUGUAUGAAAUGGCAGCACUGGGUGAAGCUCCAUUUGCAGAGAUCUCAGUUAAUGAGCUUCUGCAGUUUCAUCAGCGAGGGAAAAGUCUGAAGAAACCUUCCAACUGCUCCAACACGCUGUACUCCAUCAUUAAAGGUUGCUGCCAGUGGAAGGAUCAGGAUCGACCCUCCCUGGCUGACGUGAGCCGAAAGCUCCUCUCAGGGGAGAAGAGUGCCUCCGACAAAGUCCUCAAAGCGUCUGGGGCAGUUAACAUUGAGCAGUACCUGCAGGAAGCGGGAUAUGGGGAAACCAAUAGCUACACUGUUUUCUGACCACUGCCCGUGCCAGCAAAAUAAACUGCACUAUUCUCCAAUACCCCAGUGGUGCACUUUUCUAACACAGGUCUUUCAGGUGCAAUAAGUGCUUUGUGCACUGAAAUUAUUCCUUUAUUUUGUCACAUUUUCUCAUACUUCAGGUUGAUGCAUUAAAAGGGAGGUUAGGUCAUUAGGUUAAAUAACGUAUUCACCUUUGGGAACCAUGCAUUUUAAUCUCAGACCUCAUUUGCAGGGAAAAUACAACCAGUGAUAUUGUAGUAGUAGAAUGUAAGAUAUGUAAACUUGACCAAUGUACAGCUGCUGCACACUGUCAACACUGUAAAUAUAUGAUGGUUUACAAAUGUUUACAAACUGAAGCCAAUGUAUAUUAAAAGAUGUAAUAUAUGUUAUUACUACAUUUUUAUAUGAUUCUAUAUUAGACAGAGCUGUGGAAAUGAAGGACAUAUCAAUGCAAUCACGACAUUACUACACUUUUUUGUCUAUGAGCUCAGUUUAUGUGGACAGACAUCUAUGAGCUAAACUGUUUACAUUUUAAUAAAUCAUCAUCACAAGGC